CUCUCCUUCCUGUUGUCACGGAAGUGACGAACUCCACCAUAAACAUGUGCUCCGUUGAGCUUCGUGGAGGGGAGAACGCUCACGCGAGUUUAGCUAAACACAGCAAAAAGUGGUAAAAGAAGAAGGAACAAGACGUUAACGACCGAGAGAAAUGAACGAACCAGGACGAUAUCCGCCUCCGGACUUCAGCUGGCCUCCACCGGACUUCAUGCAGCAGCAGCAGCAGCAGCAGCAGCCCCGCUCCAGCAGCUUCCACCCCAGCAUGUGGAACUGGGGAGAGACGCCCUCUGAGCCCAGCUGGGGCCGCGGCAUCAACAUCAACAUCAACCAAGGCGGCUAUCACCACAGUCCGGCUCACUAUGGCCCUCUAUUCAAUCAGCAUCAUGGCGGUGAGUGGUACCAAUCUGGACAUCCGGGGGGCUGGCAGAACCCCAGACCUCCCCAUCAACAGGCCAGGAAGCAAAAGAACAGGAAGGAGCCGGAGUAUUCCCAUUACUGCGACACCUGCGACCGGGGCUUUUCAAACCAACAGAAGUACGACGAGCACGUUCUGCAACAUGUCAAGUGUUCUGAACCUGACUGCCGCUUCAUGGCUCACGAAAAGUUGGUCGCCAUACACUGGAAAAAUAACCAUGGACCAGGGGCCAAAAGGAUCAAGCUGGACACCCCAGAGGAGAUCGCCAAAUGGAGAGAGGAGAGGCGCAAAAACUACCCAACGCUUCAAAAUAUCGAGAAGAAGAUGAAAGUCAUGGCGGUGCGGGAGCAGACUGGAGGGGUUCUGGAAACGGCUCAGUUCGGGCAAAUGAGAGGCCGAGGCAGGGGUCGGGGCCGAGGCUGGGGUAACAGAGGGCGGCACCAACAAGGGCCACCGCCAUCAAACGGCACUGCUGCAAGGACCCCCGAACCGCUCAACCAUGUCUCCAAGGGGGGAGAUCCACUGGGCAUGCUGGCUAAAGCUAACCACGAAUCUGAUAGAGAGGAGCCAGACCCUGACCACAGUGCAGGUGGCCUGGUCGUGGCCCCGAAAAAGAUGAGCUCGGCCCUCGGGUCCUUACUGGCCAACUACGGUUCUACGAGUGAAAGUGAUGAAGAACCAGAGGAUGCUCCUGUUCUGAGAGCCGAAGAAGCAGUUCAAGAAAACCGCGCCCUGCUGCACGGAAUGCCGGCAAGUUCUGGGGACGGGGAAAAGUCCGGCGAGAGCCGUGCAGCUCCUCAGCCAGGGUCUGGUCCUAACACGCGGAACGACAGAAGAAGAGGAGGAGGCAGAGGAGGCAGGGGGCGGGGACGUGGAUGCAGAGACGUGCCUCGACCACGACGUGCUACCUUACUGGAAAUGUUAUUGGCCCCAGAUAUCCGCCACGAGAGGAACGUUCUACUGCAGUGUGUACGAUAUGUUGUCCGCAACCACUUCUUCGGGCUGGAGAGCAGAUCUCAGGACCAGGAGGAGACGGAGCACAAAAUCCUGCCGGCUUCUCCAACCAGCGAGCACGAGGGGAGUUCAGAAGAAAAACCUCCGUCCCAAUCGGACUCCGCCGUCCACGACGAGACGCAUUCAGAACGCGUAAUCGUCCCGGAGGCCGAACACGUCGACGGUUCAAACGGUGAAUCUGCUGGAAGAACUGAAGGAGGGCACGCAGAUUGUGUCCAGAGCGUUGACAAAAAGACCGCCACAGAUCAAAACAGUCCAGAUCCAAGCAGCGCUGAUGAAAUCACAUCUAAAUCUAAUAUCUACGAUGAUGAAAUCUGGGAAACGGCUGCUUCUGCUCUUUAAAAUAGUCGUUUUUUUUUUAAAGACUUUAGAUUGAGGUACAGGAUUAUGUUUCUUGUAACGAGAAUUAUAUUGUUGAUGAUGGACCUUUUUGGUUUUCUUUGUAAAAUAAACAAACUAAAAUUGUU